CAAUUUCCCUCAGACUAAUUGCUUCCUUGCUUUGUUCCUUAAAAUUAAAUUUAAACAACUUUUUGGGAAUAAAAAUUAUUGAUUGGCAGAGUUUGCCACAACUUCUAAUUUAAGUCUGCCGUCCUCAUGAAAAUUAGAUAUAAGGAGACAGGCUAUAUGCCAAAAAGCUCCAAAUAAUAAUCUUUGGUAGUAAUCUUUCUAUAAUGCACUAUAGAUGAGAGCUUCUUAGAGCAUUCAUAAUGCAUAAUAAGCAUUGCUAUAAUAUGUUAUGCUUUUUAUAAAAAGUUAUAGGCGUGCUUAUAAUACUUUAUGAAUGCAUUAUAUGAAGGUAUCUAUAAUGCAUUAUGAUGAAUUCUUUAAAUCAAUUAUCUUCUUUUGACUGACUUGCGGUGCUUGGGUACACGGAAUGUGCUGGAAGCGAGGUCCGGCAGAGCAGCUGCAGCGCAGUGGCGCAGUGGCCCCGCAGUGGGCAUGCUCAAUCCGAGCCCCAUGCGGUCUGCGUGUCGCCUCCGAGAUCGCGGAUCGCGUUCGAUUUCACGGCGACUACUGAAAUGAGAUGUCUGGGAGACAGAAGCUACUGUAAAUACACAGUGGUUUAAAUGAACGACAUCGACACAAAGCUGCAGUCGCGUGGCUGAAAAGAAAUAUAUGGCGUCAUCUGGAGGCGCGGCAACGAGUCCGGAAUCUGAUGCGCAAGCAGCACCAAACGACCCGGAGCUUAGGAUAGUGCUGCUGGGAAAGACCGGCGCUGGGAAAAGUUCUUCUGGAAAUACCAUCCUGGGUAGUAAAUCGUUCAAGGCUGAGGUGUCUCCCAGGUCCGUAACAAGCCAGUGUGAACGGAGGAGCAGCUGUGUGUCCGGGAGGUGCGUCACGGUUAUUGACACGCCAGGCUUUUUUGACACCCGGCGAUCCAAUCAGCAGGUGGCGGGGGAGAUGGCCCGGUGCGUCCUCCUGUCUUUGCCAGGCCCCCAUGCCUUUCUGGUAGUGCUCCAGGUGGGGAGGCUCACGCAGGAGGAGAAAGAUGCCCUGCAGUGGAUUGAGGUGACCUACGGGGAGAGGGCUUUAGAGUUCACCAUGGUCCUCUUCACCUGGGGGGACCAGCUGAGGGAGAAGCCCAUUGAGGAGUACAUGGCGGAGAGCGAGGAGCUUCAGGAGUUCGUCCGCCGUUGCCGGGGAGGGUGUCAUGUCUUCAACAACACUGCACUAGGAAACCAGGACCAAGUCUCCACGCUGCUGGAGAAGAUAGACAAGAUGGUGGAAGCAAAUGGGGGCAGCUUUUACACCAAUGAGAUGUUUCAGGAGGCAGAGAGGGCAAUAAGGGAGGUGCAGGAGCAAUUAAUGGUGGAUAGAAGGUCAGAGGUGGAUGGGGAAGGACCAGAGAGUAAGGGGGAGCUGGACGAGUGGAAAGAGGAGAAAGCCAGGAAGCAAGCGGAGAGGCUCUUCUGGUGCGAAAUGAUCACUGCCUUUGGCAAGGGGGCGGCCGAGGGGGUGGGAAUCCUCAGCAAAGGGGAGAGUCCAAAGAAAGGGAAGGUGGUGAAAAAGGCAGUGCAACUGGCCUCCAGCCCACUGUCCCUGACAUCAGCAGCCAAGGCACUAGGGGGCGCCGUGAGGGAGGGUAGCAAGGUGCUGUACAAGCACCGCAAGACUUUCCUGCACUGAUUGACCGGGACAUCGAUAGCGGGUCCAUGUGGUCUGCAUUUUGCUAACUGAGUGACACUAUAGGUAAGAGGUGCAGGGAUGGUUUUUGGCCGAUAGAAAUAUGCAGGAUAACAAGGUCUGAGGAGGUAAUUUUCACGCACCAUUGCUGGGCUUCUGUACAGGAAGACAUGGUCAAAAGAAUAUUCCCUAUGUUUCAUAAUAAAAGUCCUAGCAAAAUCAGUGCAUAAUUGAUAUUUCAUUUUUAAAUGUAGGAAAAGAUUACAGCCAAAACAAAACACAAACCAGUUGAAAACCACCUUCUGAAGACAUUUCAUCCUAAUGGGGACCUACCAAAACACGAUCCGUCUUGCUGAUACCACAGGUCUUUGGUCAUACUUUUCUCCCAUUGGGGUAUCGAAAUUAAAACAUGUGGUAACACAAAGAAAUUAUCAUGUGUAAUGACUUUAAAAUGAAUGCUAGUGUGUUAACUUUGACGGUCUAACAUGCAAAUGUUUUUACUAACAGGCAAAAAAAAGAACAUAAAAAUACGUUGUUUCAGGAUUCAUUUUUUUCUGAAAUCAAAAGGCUACAUUUAGACAAGUGUUUCUUUGUGUUUAGUAUGUAGUCUGAACAUGUAAUGUUAGUACAUGAAAUCAUACUUCAAUUUUGAAAGAGUGGCCCCAG